UCGGCACGGUUUGACCCAACUACAAUGCCGUAGUCGGCACCGGCAAAAUUUACGACAGUGCGCCGAUCGUACGGCAGUUAAUGUUGUAGCUACGAUAGUGCGGGUACCAUGUGAGAAGUUUGGUUUUGGAUUUUCAGACUUUAUUUGAGAAAAAUAAAUAAAUUUUAACUAUCCGAGGCGCCAUGCACGAAAGGUCGCUUCCCGCUUCUCCCAACUGGUACUGCUCGCGCUGCAGUGAUGUCAACAGCGGCGGUUUGCUGGGCGUCGGAGCUAAAAACAUCAUUUAUUUGAUUGAUGUGUCUGCAUCCUCCUGCAGGGUUGUAGGCGAGCUCGUCGGCCAUAAAGACCUGGUGUCAGGCUUCUCGUUCUGUCAGCACGCAGGACAGAGUCACAUCUGUGUCAGCUCCGCCGCUGAUGGGAGUAUUCGCUUCUGGGACUCGGACAACAGGACGCUGAUCAAGGAGCAUGCAGCUCAUCAGAGCCCCGUCUCAGCAGUGCACUGGUCCCCGGUGGAUAAGAACCUGGUGGUGUCGGGGGAUGAGAAGGGCAUCGUUGUCUGUCACUGGUACAACACAGGAGACACUGCCAGCUUCUUUCCCGAGCCCAGGACCAUCUUCUGUCUCACCUGCUCCCCUCACAGCUGGAACUCUGUGGCCGUCGGGUACAAGGACGGGAUGAUCGUACUGAUCGACGUGAGUAAGAAAGGCGAGGUGAUGCAGCGUCUCCGUGGACACGACGAUGAGAUCCAUUCGCUGGCGUGGUCGCCUCUCCCCGGCGAGGACGCCCUCUGCAGCAGACCCGAGGACAGUGAAGUAACUAAUGGAGCGUGUGCAGGGGAGGAGAAGGGCUGCUAUCUGGCCUCUGGGAGCAAAGACCAGACGGUGAGGAUCUGGAGCACAGUGAAGGGCAAAGGUGUGAUGACUCUGAAGCUGCCGUAUCUGAAGAAAAGAGGCUCUGCGGUCGACCCCGGAGUUAAAGAGAGACUCUGGCUCAGCGUCCACUGGCCGAAGGGACGACCGACACAACUGGUGUCCAGCUGCUUCGGUGGUGAGCUGGUGCUGUGGGACCUCACCAAGUCGGGGAAGCAGCGGUGGACUCUGUUGGGCACGUCUUCAGACGGUCAGAACCACAGCAGGAUCGUCUUCAACAUGAGUUCAGUUCACCUGCAGGACGACAGAGAGCUGCUCAUCAGCACCUCCAUGGACAGAGAGAUUAAAUGCUGGGACCUGGACUCUCUGGACUGCUGCUGGACUCUUCCCACCCUGGGCGGCUUCGUCUACACCCUGACCUUCUCCCCCGUGGGUGCAGGGUGUCUGGCGCUGGGCGUCGGCGACAGCAUGAUCCGGGUCUGGAACACGCUGACCACCCAGAACCAGUACGACACCAGGUCCUUCUGGCAGGGCAUCAAGUCCAAGGUCACGGCGCUGGCGUGGCACCCGAACAGGGAGGGAUCCUUGUCCUUUGGAACAGACGAUGGUAAAGUCGGAAUCUACGACGUCUUUUCAAACAAGCCUCCUCAGAUAUCGAGCUCCUAUCACCGAAAAACAGUGUACACAUUGGCUUGGGGACCCCCAGUGCCCCCGAUGUCAUUUGGUGCGGCGGGAGGAAAGUCGUCCUACAGCCUGUACAGCUGCGCCGGCGAAGGCGUCAUCCUGCAGCACGACCCGUCGAAGCUGAGCGGAGAGGCGUCCGACAUCGACAGGCUGAUCAGAGACACGAACAACAUCAAGCACAAGCUGUCUCCACACACUGACCUCAGCUGGAAGCCAGAUGGGAAAGUGGUUGCUAUCGGCAACGAGGACGGGUGCAUCGAUGUGUAUCAGGCUCCCGGUCUGAAGCUGCUGUGCAGCAUCCAGCAGCACCACAAGAUCAUCAACACGCUGCGGUGGCACCACGACCAUGGCUCUCCGCCCGAGCUGCACUGCCUCCUGGCCUCUGGCUCCAGCAACGCCAUCGUCUACGUGCACGAUCUCCGCUCCAUCAUAGAGGAUCCUCCAGAGAGCCCCGUGGUGCUGACGGAGCCGUACCGCAGGCUGUGUGGUCACACAGGUAAAAUCACCGGCAUGGCCUGGAGUCCGCAUCACGAGGCCCGGCUGGUCACCGUCUCGUACGACGGCACAGCUCAGGUGUGGGACGUGCUGCAGGAGGCAGCUGUCUCUAACUACCGCGGUCACGUUGGUUACCUGCUCAGCGCGGACUGGUCUCCCGUCGAUCCAGAUGUGAUCUGGACCGGAGGGAAGGACUUCACCGUGCAGGAGUGGAGAGUCUCCAAACAAGAGUUUACAAAACCACCUAAAGGGAAGAAGAUGGUGGAUCUGAGGGAGAAGAUGAAAGCCAAUCCCAAGCAGAAGAAGAAGAACAAGAAGACGCCCGGGGCCGGAGGGGCCGCAGCGUCAGAGAUGAACGGAGGGCCGGUUACAGGAGGAGAGAAGAGUGUGACGGGACAGGAACUGUCCGGUGAAGAUGAGGAAGAUGACGUCAGCUCAACGAACAGUCCUGCACCUCCCCCAGCCACUUUUGAGAUACAAAGAAAAUCUUCUGCUGCUGCGAAGAGCAAAGACAAACCAGUGUUUGCGGACUCAAACCUGCUGAAGAAGAAGAAGCCUCGCUCCAUGCUGCCCAUCAGUACGUCCAUGGACCAUCGGCCCAAAGAGGAGCUGCUGCAGGACUGCAUCACUCUGGCCUCGGUCACACACGACAGCGCGCCCCCUGCAGGCUGUGUCCCAGGCCAAGGAGAGCACAUCCACCUCGGCCUCUUCUCUGACAGACAGGCUCUGCACCGCAUGUUUGAGUCUGAAGAGGAGGGUCACGUGGAGGCGGGUCACUAUGAGUCUGUGGUGUACCUGCGGCUGUGGAGUGGAGACCUGGAGGGGGCGCUGCAGCUCGCCACAGAGAAGGGAGAGCUGAACGACCACCUGCUCUCCGUCGCUCCCAUGGCUGGGUUCCAGGUGUGGAGCCGGGCGGUGGAGGCCUUCGUCAAGCAGCUGUGUCUGCAGGAGCAGUACCUGAAGGCAGCGUCCCACCUGCUGUCCAUCAACAAGCUGUACGAAGCCGUCGACCUGCUGCGCUCUCACAAGCUCUACAGGGAGGCCAUAGCUCUGGUGAAAGCCCGGCUGCCGGCAGACGAGCCGGUCCUGAAGGAGCUCUACACCUGCUGGGCCUCUGUGCUGGAGAAGGACGGACAUUUCUCUGCUGCUGCCAAAUGUUACUUGGCUGCCGGCGCCAGUUUCGACGCAGCCAAAGUCAUCGCCAGGAAGAACGACGUCUCCUCGCUGAGGACGGCGGCCAGCCUGGCCAGAGUUUCCGGGGAGGUCGCUCUGGCUGAGUCGCUGGCGCUGAGGUGCGCUAAAGACCUGGCCGCUGCUGAGAACUGGGUCGGAGCCCAGGAGGUCCUGAGCUCACUGGAGGGUCUGUUGGUCCACAGGCUUCACCUCUGCGUCACCGAGCUGCUCUCCGUGACGCUGGCCGACUCUGGGGUCGCUCCUCAGUCCUGCGUCUCCAGCCACCUGUGGGCGUCGCCGGGCGAGGGUCACAUCAGCAUCCUGGACCGGGUGAGAGACGUGUGGGAGGAGCAGUUUGGCGUCUCACAAAAGUCGGCGGGGCAUCGCAGCGUCACCGCUCUCCUGCAGGAACUGAAGUCUGUGGAGAGUCCAGCGCCCACGACCAACGUCCCCCUGAGACAGGUUCUGCUGUAUUCAUCCCUCCAUCUGACCCGGUCUGUACUGAGCUGGUUGAUGGAUGAUGAUGGACAGCUGAUGAAGGAACUGUGGCAGGCAGCAGCUUGGCUGAGAGACGCCGGACAUCUCUGUGUCUCUGCAGAGCUCUGCAGGCUGCUGUUCCCUGAUGGUGACGUCACAGUUUGUUCCAGGAAAUAUCCCAGAACCCUUCAUCACACAGAAGAAGAAGCUGCUUCAGCUGCUGCCGACAGUCUGCAGGCCUUCGUCCAGUACCACCGUCUGUAUGAACGCUGGUGGAGCAGCUCGGGCGAAAACCACCAGAUCCAGAACGGGUCGCCCCCCUCAGCAGCUGAGUCCGGCGCUGGAGACGAGGUGAAGGACAAGGUGGUGAACGAAGGGUUGUCAGAGUCACCGCCAAACGGGGAGGUGGAUGAUAAACUGGACUUUGAUGCUUCACUUCUCCUGUGUGAGUCUCACGCUGCGUAUCAGGCGACGCAGAGGUCAGUCAGACAGAUCCAGGAGCGGCUGUCGGCCAUGGUGCUGCAGCACAGCCACGCCCAGGGAGAGCAGCUCGACUCUGGGGAGGAACAGGCCGACGCGUCCACGCAGAUAUCAGAUAACAGACGGGGGCCUGACGAUCAGGAGACCUUCCUCUCUUUGUCUACCAGGAUGUCAGAGCACCAGAAACAGCUGGCUGACCUGCCAGACACAAUCAAGAUGUAUCCUCAUCCAGAUGUUGUCGAGUGCUGCCUCGUUCUCCUUCACUUCACCAAGUCUUCACCGUCUGUCUCCGAGUCCCUGCAGCAGGAGGCCAAAGACCUGCUCCGUAAAUACGCAUCAGUGCCGCCGGUCCUGAAAGCCGCCCAGCGAUUCCUCACCUGAGCCUCUCACUGCGAGACUAAAAGAAGCACUUCCACUGUACAGCUGUUUGUUGAAUUAAAAAAAAUCUUUAAUAACAAGA